CCGCCCCCAUUGGCUCUAGCGCGCGGCUCUCAGCCAAUGGGGAGGCGGCGCGGGGCCGCGGGGGGCGGAGCGCGCGGUGAGGGCGACAAGAUGGCGGCGGAGGCCGUGGAGCUGCACAAGCUGAAGCUGGCGGAGCUGAAGCAGGAAUGCCUGGCGCGAGGCCUGGAAGCCAAAGGCAACAAACAGGACCUGAUCCACCGGCUGCAGGCGUACCUGGAGGAGCACGCUGAAGAAGAGGCGAACGAGGAAGACGUCCUGGGAGAGGAGAUAGAGGAGGAAGAGCAGAAGCCGGUGGAGCCGCCCGCCAAAGCCGAGGACCCGCCCGCCAAAUCGCCCGACGUGAUUACGGAAAAGAAGGUGGUGAAAAUCACAUCAGAGAUAUCGCAGAUGGAGAGAAUGCAGAAGAGGGCGGAACGCUUCAACGUCCCCGUCAGCCUGGAGAGCAAGAAGGCAGCGCGAGCGGCCCGGUUCGGCUUGGCCACGGUUUCCACAAAAGGCCUCUCUGCAGACAGCAAACCCACGGUGAACAUGGAUAAACUAAAGGAAAGGGCUCAAAGGUUCGGGUUGAACGUCUCCUCGCUCUCCAAGAAGAGCGAGGAAGAUGAGAAGCUGAAGAAGAGGAAGGAGCGGUUUGGCAUCGUGACGAGUUCAGCCGGGGCCGGAGCCACAGAGGACACAGAGGCAAAGAAGAGGAAAAGAGCAGAGCGCUUUGGGAUCGUCUGAUGCCGUUCUCCAUCCAGCCCGUCGGCGCCGUGCCUCCCGAGCGUGCGUUCCCCUGCUCUCUCUCUCUCUCCCCCGCACCGUUUCCCUAGGUUUUAGUCGGAGUAGGCAGGGAAUCCCUGUAGUCUUAUGGUUGUGCUCCGUGUUUUAUCGAGUUACAAAGUUUAAAAGUGACAAAAAGUUAACCCAGAAGGAGCUGUUCUCGUGCGUCGAGGUGUUUUCCGGCUGCUGGAGGUACCCGGGUCCAGCAGGGAGGGACGCAGAGCGUUCUGGUGUCCCGAGUGCCGCUGGGAAACACCUGCGUCCAACUCUGCCCGGGGAACAGAGGAGCCGCGGCUGCUGCCCGGUGCUGGGGAAGGGAAACCGGUGAGGGAUGGAGCCGGAGCAGGCUCCGCUCUGCCCUCGGACCGAGGCGAGGCCCACGUUGAGGUGCCGUGUCCGUCUGUCCUCCGAGCGAGCCUCAAGGUCUGCAUGUGCCAGGGCGGCUCUGGAGCAGCCGGGAGGAGCAGGCGCUCCGUCUGGAGAGCGCGGUGCUUUACCCGCUCGUGCUCCAGAGCUCCGGGAUCUUCCCUGUCUCAGCACAAGCGCCAGGGAGGGGUUUCCUCAGAUCAAUUGUCCGGUGUUCCCGUGAUGUCUGCGCAAGCCGACACGCGGGGUGGUUUCCCGACUCCCUUCGUUCCCCAGUUGAGGCUGAUGGGAAUCUCAGAGCCAGGAUGGCUGAGGACCCCU